AUGAGUACCUGGAGAAAAGCUGGCUUAACCUACUCGAACUACUUGGCGGUCGCCGCCAAGACCGUUCGUCAGUCAUUGAAGAACGACCUGAAGACCAAUUCUGUCUUGAGCAGAUCCAAGACUGAUAUCAAGUACACUAUUUUUGAGAAAGGCACUGCGAAGAGUGAGCCAACCUCUAUUUCAGACUAG